AUGCGCCGCCCGUGGAGGCACCCGGGCCCAGGGGCCGCCAUCGCGGCGCGCCACGGCGCCGCGGACCUCUGCCUCCGCGAGGUCGGGGACCUCCUGCCACGACGCUUCGCCCGCCGCGCGGCCGGUUCCGAGGACCUUGUGAUGCGGCUUCAGAUUCAUCGGAAGCUUGACAGGCACACGGGCUGCGUCAACACAGUGAGCUUCAAUGAGGUCGGUGACAUCCUCAUAUCGGGGUCUGAUGACCAGAGGGUGAUGCUGUGGGACUGGGACACCGGCACCGUCAAAUUAGAGUUUCAUUCAGGACAUGGCGGCAAUGUGUUCCAGGCACGGUUCAUGCCCUGCUCAGACGAUCAGACAAUUGUCACUUGUGCUGCUGAUGGCGAGGUGAGGCUUGCCAAGAUACAGGAUGGUGGAGACGUCUCCACAACAUUGCUUGGUGAACAUGGGGGAAGGGCUCACAAUUUGGCUAUAGAGCCCGGUAGCCCUUAUAUCUUCUACAGCUGUGGUGAGGAUGGCCUUGUUCAACAAUUUGAUCUCAGAACAAACACGGCCUCAAAACUAUUUCUUUGCAGAAGUUCCUUCAUUAAAUCAGUAUCCUCAACUCGUGUCCACCUAAAUGCGAUUGCAAUAGAUCCGAGGAACCCAAAUCUUUUUGCUGUUGGAGGAAGCAAUGCAUAUGCUCGUGUGUAUGACAUCCGCAAGUGCAAGUGGGAUGGAUCAUCUGAUUUUGGUCGCACAUCUGACUGCUAUUGUCCACCACAUCUUGUUGAUGAUAAGAGUGUUGGGAUAACAGGGUUAGCGUUCUCUCACCUGAGUGAGUUGCUUGUAUCUUACAAUGAAGAGAAUAUUUAUCUAUUCCCUAAAAAUGGAGGGCUGGGAUCUGACCCCAAAAAAUCUGUUAAGAUUGGAGCAAAUGAAGGGUGCAAAUCAACAAUGUUAGCAUCUGGACAUGAUGUUUCUCAACCUGCGCCUCAGGUAUAUGUCGGUCAUCGCAAUUGUGAAACCGUGAAGCGUGUGACUUUCAUUGGGCCAAAUGAUGAAUACGUUGCCAGUGGGUCAGACUGUGGUCGGAUGUUUAUUUGGAGAAAGAGAGAUGGGAAGUUUCUACGAGCCAUGGAGGGGGAUGAGUGCAUUGUGAAUUGCAUUGAGCCUCAUCCUCAUGCUAUGACAAUUGCGAGCUGUGGAAUUGAUAAUGAUGUAAAAGUUUGGACUCCCUCUGCGAUUGAGCGGGCACCUGUGGUAAAUGUUGAUGAGCUCCAGCUGAGACCUCGCAAGAGAAGAGCCAAGUUCUGGCGCUUUGACUUACCAGAUCUGUUGAUCCAACACAUACUGGUAUCAGACCAUAGGCAACGAUCAGCUGAAGAAGAUUCAUCAGAAGACCAUGAGGACAACACAGGAUUACUUAAUCUAGUGCUACGGGCUGCAGUUGGAGAAAUGUGUUUGGUCCCUGCAAAAUACCUCAUGGAUUGGAACGUGGAGAGUGUUCUCGCCCAUCCAGGGUACCGGUGGCGUAUCCGUGACGUUGCAGAACUUGGCAGACAAGUUCAGCGCAUCGCCCCUGCUCCUGCUACCUCGCUGCUGUUGCUGACAACGUCCGACGAGUCACAAAUUGGACCAAACAAACAUGAAGCCAGAGUGGGCGGCGGCAAUGACGGAAUCAAUCCAGAAGAGCACGAUAAGAAGUACAUGGGAGACGACGUCCUUGCUGCUGUUGACGUCUUGACGACGUACAGCGCGUCUAGGAGCCACGACGACUCGACGUGGCCUUUGGGCGUCAAGACGUGCCGGAUCGUCAGCGGCGAUGAGCGAUGGUGCCUUCUCCUUCUCAUUGUUAGGGCAAGGGAAGGGAAAGGAAGAGAUAAUUGUGUCACCGUGAUCGACACGAUGCUGGGCGCGACAACGAAGCGGGGGCUGUUGGGUAAAGGAAAUUACCAAUUGAUGGACGAAGCCGGAAAAAAAUAUAGAAAUAACGGAUCAUACGCACGCGAUGAUUCAGGCAGGUUGGAGAUCGAGCGAUUGUGCUGUGAUCGUCGCGCGGGGGAGGGGAGCGAGCGCGUUUUGUUUUGA